GCCUGUGGGCUGGUACAGGGGGAGAGGGAAGGAGAUAAGUAGGUGGGCCGCUUUCGUCUGGCUUGUUUCAACCUGUAGACAGUCGUUAGUAAGACUACGAGUCUCCUGGUUCCGUUCACAAUGCUCGUAAGGGUCAUCCUCGUCCUUCUCUCCGUGGCUGCUUUGACCAGAGCAGCCGCCAUCACUAACAGGGUCAACGACGGAACGCCUGAUUGUGACCAAUACGCCCUUCCCAUUUGCACCCGCGAGUACAUACCUGUGUGCGGAUCAGACGGGAAAACACACUCAAACGAAUGUAUGCUGUGCCUUGAUAACAUGGAGAAAAAGACCAACACUUACAUAGUCAGAAAGAGGGCCUGUUAGAUCAAACGUCCACGACACCUGCUGUGCCACAUGUUCAGUGCCUGUCUGAGUUUCAGUGGUAUCCUGCAAACCACAUACGAUCUUUUUUAAUAUCAUGAAUGCUUUGUGAUCUCACUGUUUUAAGUUUGUUUUUUGUCUUUGUAUCAUUCUAGCUUUUUAUCUUAAUUAAAGAGUCUUAAGUUGUAAAA